GGUUAUUACAUCGAGAAGCGAAGCGGAGCGCACAGUUCAUCGCUUCUGCCAUUAAAAGCGGCUCUGGUACGAAAAAGAGACCGCUUCUCUGUAAAAAGCGAGAAGCGGUGAAGCGAGAAGAAGCGAGAGACGCUUCUCUGUUUAAAAUACCCAAAGCCCUAUUUUAUUAAAAACUUGGUAUUCUAAAUAGUCUGGACUUCUUCGAGACUUCAACAGCAGCGAGAAACUAGGGUUCUUCAACACAACAACAACGAUUUCUUCCUCUCUUCUUCAUUAACUUCAAACAACAUCAGUGAUUUCUCUUCUUCAAACUAGGGUUGUUCUUCUUCUUCUUCAACAGUACAACAGCAACUUUCAACAGUUGUUCUUUUAAUGGCGCCAAAAGAAGAUAGGAAAGACCCGGCUUGGGCUUACUCUUCAAGAGUUAGCGAGACCAACAAGAUGGCCAUUAGAAGUCUUUUUUGUGAUAAGAUUUCAAAUGGAGGAAUCUGCCAUCAAAAAGCGCAUCUAAUCGGUGGUGAUCCAAAUGUCGCAUCUUGUCCUAAAGUUCCGGGGCAUGUGAAGGAAGAAUUGAAAGCAUACCUUCAAAAAAAGAAAGAGUUAAAGACUCAAAUGAUUCAUGAACAAGAACUUUAUAAUCUUGAUGAUGAUGAUGAUGAUGAUGAAAUAGAAGAAGGUGACGAUGCUUCGUCACUUCCACCAAAAUCACAAAAGCGGGGAAGGAUGCUUCCACCAAUGUCUUCUAGUUGUGGAUCUACUAGAAAGACCAAAGGUCCUAUAAAUUGUUACUUCCCACAAAAAUCUGGAGAUAAGGGAGGAAAAAGUGGUAAUCCUCAAGUUGAUGCCAAAGCGAUUUUGAGGAAUAGUGCAGUUACAAUGUUUGCGCGGUGGAUGUAUGAUGCAGGUCUUCCUUUUAAUUGUGUUAAUUAUACUGACACUUUUGCUGCUUUUAUUAAGGCCGUAGGCCAAUAUGGUCCAGGAAUGAAGCCUCCAACUUAUUAUGAAGUUAGAGGGUCAUAUCUAAAAAAAGAUGUGGCAGAGGUGAACAAAAUCGUGGAGGAGCACAAAGUAGAAUGGAACAAGUUUGGUUGUUCCAUUAUGAUGGAUAAGUGGACGGCGAGAAAUGGAAAAAUGAUCAUCAAUAUCUUGGUGAAUUCUCCUAAGGGAAACAUGUUUCUUGAGUCUGUUGAUGCAAGCGACUCUUCAACUGAUUCAACCAAAAUGUACUCCUUGUUCAAGAGUACAAUAGACUCUAUUGGAGCAGAAAAUGUUGUUCAAGUUGUCACGGACAACGCCAGUGAAAAUGUUAAAGCUGGUGAUUUGAUGUCUGCUGGGUACCCGCAUAUCUAUUGGACUUCGUGUGCAGCACAUUCCAUUAAUUUGAUAUUCGGUGACAUUUUCAAGGAAAGAUCCUUCAGUACAGUCUUUAAUCAGGCAAUUAGAGUGCAUUCCUAUAUUGUUCAAAGGCCUUUGUUAUUGAACAUGAUGAAGAGAUUCAUUAAACAAAGAAGCUUGGUGAAACUUGCAAAGACAAGAUUUGCUACUGCUUUCUUGACUUUGCAUAUGAUGUAUGAGCACAAAAGCGAUUUGAAGAAGUUGUUUGUUUCAGAUGAGUACACUAGCAGUGCCUAUGUAAGGGAAGCUCGAGGGAGAGAAUCUGUAGAUAUUAUACUUUCUCCUUCAUUCUGGAACAAUGUGGUUCAUGCAUUGAAGAUUGGUGUUCCUUUAGUUAAAGUGCUUCGUUUGGUGGAUGGGGAGCAAAGGUCACCAAUGGGCUACCAGUACGAAGCAAUUGAUAGGGCAAAUGAGGCUAUUCAAGCCUCUUUUAGUGAUCAAAGAAAAUUCAAAAGAGUCUUUGAGAUCAUAGAUAAAAGGUGGGAUAAUAAGCUUCAUAGCCCUUUGCAUGCAGCUGGACUUGUUUUGAACCCGGAACUGUUUUAUCACAAUGAAGAGAGGAUUCUAGGAGAUGAACCUUUGUGGAAUGGAUACUAUGAAUGUAUUCAGAAGUUGAUACAUGAAGAAUCCGUGCAAGAUAAAAUAACAGAGCAAUUUAGUAUUUAUAGGAAAGCUGAGCAACUUUUUGGAAAAAAACAUGGCGAUUAGAUAAAGAAAGACGAAGUCACCAGUUGAAUGGUGGAAGCAAUAUGGUCAUUCCACUCCAGAUUUACAAAAGUUUGCCAUCAAGGUUCUAAGUCUAACAUGUAGCUCAUCCGGGUGUGAAAGGAAUUGGAGCGUGUUCGAGCAUAUUCAUACCAAAAAGAGGAACAAACUAACCUUGAAGUGUCUCAAUGAUCUAGUCUUCAUUAAGUA